AUGAUAGUCCUCAAUUUACAGCAGUAUCCUCCCCCUUCGCCGCCGCCUUCUCCACCCGCGCCUGUAAUUGCCUUCACCACGCCGGAAAAUUACGCCGGCAGACUCUCUCACCUCAUUCGUCUCAAGGGCUGGGUUCCUCUCUGGUGCCCCACCCUCACCGUCGAACCCACUCUCCACACCAUUUCCUCCCUCCGCCGUUACCUGCACUUCCCCGAUCCGCCGCUCCGCACUUUCUCCGCCGUUGCAUUCACCUCCAGGACCGGAAUCUCCGCCUUCUCCGAAGCUCUCUCCGCCGUCGAUUCGCCGCCGUUGCCCCCGGAUGGGGAUAUCUUCACCAUCUCCGCCCUGGGGAAGGACGCGGAGCUCCUCGGCGAAUCGUUCGUUCUGAAAUUGUGCGACCGUCCGGCGAGAAUUAGGGUUCUGAUUCCGCCGGUGGCGACGCCGAGCAGUCUGGCGGAGGCGCUGGGGUUGGGCGAGGGGCGGAAAGUGCUGUGUCCGGUGCCGGCCGUUAUCGGGCUGGAGGAGCCGCCGGUCGUGCCGAAGUUUCUGGCGGAUCUGCGGCGGAGGGGGUGGGUGGCGGUGGAGGUGGAGGCUUACGAGACGCGGUGGCGGAGGGGGGUGGCGGUGGCGGAGCUGGUGAGGAUGAUGGAGGAGGAGGAAUGCGGGGUGGAGGCGAUGGUGUUCACGAGCACGGCGGAGGUGGAGGGGCUGCUGAAGAGCUUAAGGGAGGUGGGGCUGGAUUGGGGGAUGGUGCGGCGGAUGUGUCCCAGGAUGGUGGCGGCGGCGCACGGGCCGGUGACGGCGGCGGGGGCGGAGAAAUUGGGGGUGGGAAUUGAUGUGGUGAGCUCCCGAUUUGACAGUUUCCGAGGCAUUGUGGAUGCGCUUCAGAGCCGCUGGAAUUACUCCCAACCUUAUCAAUGA